ACAAGUGAACACAGUAAACAAAUAAAACACAGUGCCUUAUGAUAUAUAAUGUUUUGAGACGAGAGCGAAACAUAAAAAACAGAAUCACGGAGACAAAAUGCCAAAAAACUUGCUACUCUUCAAAAAGAUAAUACCAGAAAUAAAUUUCGCUAAAAGGAAUCUCACAUCGCCGCUCGGCCGGAAUAUAUUUAUCAGUUAAACGACCGGCGCUGGUGAAACGCAAGUCAACAAAGUUGAAGAAACAAUCCGGGCAGUGCCAUAAAGUUUUCUCCAAGACAAACCUUAUGGUUACAUAAACAAAAACAAAAAAAAAUACAACCGCAAAACAGUUGCCUUAACGACAUAGUCGAUAUUAAAAAAAAAAACAAACACAAACACAAAAUCAAAAAAGGAACACCGAAUAGUGAUACUAGUGCAUAGCCGCGAUGCGAAUUCGAUUCGCGAAAAACAACCACUGGCCGAAAAUAACCUAAAAAGGUUUCUUUACUGACUUAGACAAUUGAAUUUCGUACGAUGAAUAACAACCAGUUCCCGGAGCUGUUUGGAUCCCAAUGGCCUCCGGACCAGCACGGGGGCCACUCCUCGGCCUCGACGAUGCUGCAUCAGCAGUCGCUUCCUCAAGGAAUGCAGCUGAAAAGGGAACCUCACACCGACAUCGGUGUCGGGAUGCACAAUCAAAUGGGAAUGGACAUCACUUCCGGUUCCGUAGCGGACAGCACCUCGCCGCCGCCGGGCAGCAGCGACGGCCUCUUCGGCUCAUCGAUAUCUGGCAUGUUCAUGGAUAAAAAAGCCGCUAAUUCUAUAAGAGGUAUUCCUUUUUUUUUUGUUCUGUUUAAGCUUCGGCCACACUGACAUAUUUCGUACAAAUAUAAAGGACAUUGACCUAGAGUCUAGAGAUUGAGGAAAACGCUUUGUAUAUAGUUCAAACGUUACCCUAUCUUUGUGGUAUCUAAAU